AUGGUGUCAAAAUUAUCUAACUCAUUGUUUACACUAACCGUAGUCAUGAUGAUCACAGCAGCGAUUUUGGAACCACCAGGGCUGGCCAUGUUGGUACCCGGAUUUAAAAUUGUACCAGACAUCAUGGAUUGUUGGGCAUCCGUUAUAAAGUCACAUGGCUGUAUUACUCAGAUGUACGUGUCCCUUUGCAAAAACAAGUUCGGCAGUAUCGGCCCUGCUUGUUGCAGGGCCAUUACUAGCAUUAAGCACACUUGUUGGCCUAGAAUGCUUCCCUUCCACCCUAAAUUUCCACUGUUGGCUGAGGGAUAUUGUGCUAAUUAUUUUGGCUUUAUGGGAAGCCAGGAACGAGUGGAUAGCAUGAGAAUGGGCAAUUGUCACAAGUUUCUGUUUUUGCUAGGUUUUGAUUUUGGUGGUGAUUAUCGUGGCGAAGAUAUAGGUUUCUCUAUGAGUUAG